AUGUACCGAUCAUUGUUGGCUUCGAUCAAGCACUGCCGACAGUCUCCUAUCGACAUUCCUUCUGAAGAAUGUGUAGUCGACGAAAAAAAGUGUCAGGUAACUUCCAUCCGAUGUCAAUAUCUGAACGCUGUACUUAAAGGAAUCAUCGUUCGAAUUUAUAUAUAAUCAAGGUGAUGCGGACUACUUCGAAGCUCAAGAGGGUGUAUGCAAGAUUUACGCCUCUCAAAGCAGCUCUUCAAGUAAUAUUUCUCACUCAGAGUUCAAACUACCAUUUUCGGACUUCAGCAUUCACCUGCAGCCACUUACCUGGAACUUACAAACUGGCCCAGUUCCAUUUCCACUGGGGAGAAGACUCCAGUCUGGGCUCUGAACAUCAAAUCGAUGGCCAUUCUUUCUCAGGAGAGGUUAGUUUUUGAAUUUUGUCAGUUUACUCGUUCCAUUAUUGCUUCUGAAAAGGGAAUAAACGUACGGUAAGACCUAAGUCCUCUCACGAACUCGUGCAAGGUUUUGUUUCAGGCUUUCAUGUUUCCUUCCAAUCUCAUCUGGAUAUUUAUAUAAAUCAUAACAAAAAAUAGUUUCAGUGCCAUUUCGUUUUUUGGAACACCAAAUAUGGAAGCAUGGAUGAUGCCGAAAAUCAUAGAGAUGGGCUUGGCCGUGUUGGCCGUUUUUCCUGAAGGCGAGUUCUCCUCGUCCCCUUUCAAUAAAAAAAUACACGAUAAUCUAUAUUAUUUACCAAGAAAAAUAGUUUUGACUUUGUAGUAACUGUUCAAAUAACCAUUUUGAGUUUAAUUGCAAGUUCAAAUAUUCAUUUCCGGUAGAAAUUUUUUUGCCUUUUUCAAGGUCACUUAUCUUCCACGUCUUCUGAACCUCAUUAUUCUUCGGAUCAAAGGGAAACUUGAUACUUUCAGGAAGGAGAAUACAACGACGGUUACUCCAACAUCACCUCUCUCAUUCGGAAAGCUUUAGAAAACAACGGAAUAUUCAAAAUUCCUCCAUUCUUUGACGCCGCUGCACUUCUUCCUAUCAGCAAGUUUUUGAAAAAGGCGUCGGAAAUCUGA